GUCAAAUUUAUUUAUUUUACAAACUUGCAAACUUCUCAAAUUACGAUUUAUUGGUAAUAUAAGGUGUAUUUGUUUUAGGAGAAACUCCGAAGUUCGAGGGGAAUAUAAUGCAUAAAAAAUAAGGGAGGAUUAACGAACUAAGGGUUUAUCAAGGAAAUUGAAAGAUGAGUCAUUUAGAGAUCGUGCGCCCUAAACCGGGCAUCUUCAAGGAGGCUGCUAUCCAAAUAGGUGCCGGAGGCUGUGCAGGCUUCGUGGAAGCUUGCAUAAUGCAUCCGAUGGAUUUAAUUAAAACGCGUUUUCAGCUGCAAGUGAAAAUGGGGACGCAGGAUGCUCUUUAUUAUACAGGGAUCGGCGAUUGUAUGAGGAAAAUGUAUGUGAACGAAGGACUCGCCGCCUUUUGGAAAGGUAUAUUACCACCAGUUCUUAUGGAAACUCCUAAACGAGCUGUGAAAUUUUUCUCCUUUGAACAAUAUAAGAAGAUUUUUAACAAUCAAACGCCGAAAUCAACGGUUUACUUCUGCGCUGGAUUCUUAACCGGUGUUACCGAGGGGAUUAUCGUUAAUCCGUUCGAAGUGGUCAAAGUACAGAUGCAAUCGAACCGCAAGCACAUAAGCGCUAGUCCAUCGACGUUCGAAGUUACUCGACGCAUUAUAACCGAACAAGGUUUCGGGUUGAAGGGAAUUAACAAAGGUUUAUCUGCAACAGUAAUGAGGAACGGCGUUUUCAACUCGUUUUAUUUCGGCAUUUAUCACUCUAUCCUUCCUCUGUUACAAAACCAGAAAGAAUAUGUUCCGGAGCUUGUACUUAAGUUUGCUAUAGGUUUUAUAUCUGGGACAGUGGCAUCCUGUAUGAAUAUUCCUUUUGAUGUUGCCAAGAGUCGUAUUCAAGGCCCACAGGGAGCUCAGUAUAAGGGCACCCUCAGGACUAUUUACUUAGUGUAUCAUAGAGAAGGAUUCCAAGCUUUGUAUAAAGGGUUGCUACCAAAGGUAUUAAGAUUAGGGCCAGGAGGCGCGAUCAUGCUGAUCGUAUACGACAAAAUGAAAGCAUACCUCAAUAUGCAGUUCGGUGACUAAAAACCAUAACGAAACACAGUCUAGACUGAGCCGUGCAUUUUCGAUUAACAUUGCCAAAGAUUUGCUUAGAAUAAUACAUCCUCAGUAACCGUUUCCGUAUUUUUAUUAAUCUAUUAAUGUUUAGUUUCUCUGAGAUUUUAGGGUGAUCGUAAAAACGUGAUUUCUACCAAAAUAACAAUUUAUGUGAUUGAAGUAUACUGACUCGUUCAGUGUGUCUGACUUACAAUGAAACAACGUAUCAUACGUUUAUAUCAUUAAACGUUAGAUAUAUUUAUGUAAAAAAUUCGUUAACAAUAAAAAUAUUUGUUUAAUCAUCCAA